UUUCUAGAAUUCCUUAAUGCUUUAUCUUGAAGUGAAGUUGGUAAAAUCGUCGUAACGUGCACACAAUAACUAAUUAUUCGAAAUAAUUCUAAAAUUGUUUUGAAAAAAACAUUCCAGAACACAAAACUAAAGAUGUCGGCCGGCAAUGAAGAAAAUGUUUCGGUUCGUGAGUCCAGCGCUAAUGCUGCUCCAUCAACUUCUGCUGUUGGCAUUCCUAUAAAUGCAGCCAAUGGUGUUAGUGUGGGAGAUGCACCAAUAACAAAUGGCAUUGAUCCUCCUGUUACUGCUGCGAAUAACGUCGUGCGGGGCAACGUGAGCAGGUCUGUUCCUCACACUGGAAUACGAUAUGGUUUGGUUCCCGUACUAACGAAUCAGGUUCGCGCUAAUAGUGCACGCGGUUCUGUACAAAUAGCAAUGACAAAUGGCAUUGAUUCUGUCGCUCCACCUGGCAGGCACACAACUUUUAAUGCCCUAACUCGUGAUUUCAAUGUUCUUAUUAAUACCGCUACUACCGAUUCUAGAAUUGCAACUGAAGCCGACACCGAGACCGAUUCAGAUGAAUCAGAUUCAGACACAACAGCAUAAACUCUUCCCUGUGUCUGACUUGCAGAACUUACAUCUUUAAUGAGCAGACA